AUGACCAACGAUUUAUCGAUACAUGAGGCAAAAACUGAAGAAUUGGCCGUUACAAAAGUCGUGUUGAGUUCGGAAUGGCGCGAGCAUUUGACUCCAAAAACAAACGAAUUCUUCGAUUGUCGUGUCACGCACGUCGAGAAGGAUGGUUCCAUUUGGAUCGUCGAGAAGGUCAAUGCUGAUCGCAUAAAGCGUCUAAGCGACAACAUGGCCCGCUGCAUGCAGAAGAGGGAGCCAUGUAAGCUGGAGGAGAUUGCCAUUGGCGACCUGGUAUGCGUCGCUUUCGAUGAGCAAAUGCAUCGUGGCGAGAUCAUGGACCUCAAAUCGAAUUCCAAGCGUGUUGCAGUGCGUCUCAUUGACAAUGGCACUGUGAACACCAUCGAUGUCCAGGACAUUUAUUUGGCGGUGCCGCAGAUGGCCGAGACCAAGGCUUAUGCCGUCCGGGUAAUCUUAUCCUCGAAGACUGGCAUGGAUCUGAACAAGCUAACAAAUGUAACAUUGCGUCUUGUGGGUGACAAGACUGUCAAUGGCAUCCAUCAGGCUGAGCUGAGGACCUUCAAGACGAUUCCCCUCGAUUUGCCGAUUCAAAUGCUGUCCAGCCAUCCGGAAGUGAUCCUGCUCAAGGCCUUUCAGCACAACGUUACGCUCAAUGAGCCGCAAGUAGCUCUCGUGCAAAUAAAAAAGUGGAACAACCUCACCGACGAUUUGAAUCCGAAGAAUGUUAUGAAAUUUAUCGAACCCUUUCCAAAAACGGUGCGCAUAUUCUUUCUAUUGGCCCGCACCGAACGAGGCUAUCGUCGUGCUUUCUUAAUUGACUAUAUCGAGGAGGCAUCCAAGUUUUUGGUUUAUGAAAUGGAUGAGGGUCGCAUCACCAUCACUGAUGAGGUUCGUCGCAUUCCCAACCAUCUCCUCGAACAUCCACCUCGCGUGUUUGCCGUCUCGCUCACACCUGGCAACAAACUCUCCCUGCGACAGACAAUAUCCAAAUGUGGUCGUCGUUUGUCUAUUAAAUUUCAAGACAAUUCCAAUAUGGAGAAGCAGCGCUCGGUUCAGGCGACAUUAUUGGCCAAGGACAACAAGGAGCAAGUGUGCGACGUGCGCGUUGACAAAUUUCUUGGAAGGAUCGCCGAGCUGGGCUUAAGGUACUGGCAGGAGCCCAUUGAGAAUGGUAGCCUGGUCUACAUCACGCACGUCGUCAAUUAUCACACGAUCUGCAUAAGCUCGGUGCGGACCAAACAAUACACUGAUAUAUUCGAAAGUCUCGGCACCAAAUGCUUACCCUUUGGUUCGACUAGCAAGAUUCCGAAUGGAACCACUGUCCUCGUAGUGUGUCCUGCUCAGGGAUAUUAUCGUGCAGAGGUGAUAGACAAGGAAAGUGACCUUUAUGCUGUUCGCAACAUCGAUACUGGCAUCGAUACUGCGACUCGAGUGCCGUUGUCAUAUUUGCGUAAAUCGUGCGCAUUUCUGGAUAACUUGCCUAUUAGCCAAUGUCGUGGUAGUAUCAAGACCUUACAUAUCAUUAAGGGGGAUGCAGUGCCUCCAAAUUCAGCAGCUUAUCAAUUGUUGAUGCAGCUGUAUGAGAAUAAGUCGCAACUGAAGGUUGACUUUGCCGGCUCCGAGUGUGGUUCUCUGGAUUUACUAGAUGUCAACGCCGAACCGCCCUCGCUCUCAGCUCGUAUGCUGCCUUUGUUGUUCACGGCUUCUUCUGCCAAUCUCAAACAUGACUCGGCUCAAAACUCACCUGUAGCGUUUGUCGAUGAUGGUCUGAGUAUUGUUGGAUUACCGCCACUGCCACCGUCGCCUCCUGAUACUCCGGGAAGUAAGGCAAUAGGACGUCAUUAUUUUGAUGACCUUAAACGUGAAUUGAUUCCGCUCGGCGAUAAUGUCUGUGUUACAGUCAUAUUUGCCACGAAUCUCCACAAGACUGGCUACAUAAUGGCUUGCUCCUUUCCAAACUCGAAGGCGCGUGAUAAGUUCCAGUACCUGCUAAGUCACGUGAAUGACUUUGUCAUGAAUGAGGACAAGAGUUUUCCGGGUUAUCUGCCCCACGUUGGUGAAAUGUGCUUGACACUCUUUUCGGAGGACAAUUUAUGGUACCGUGGCGUUUGUGUGAACCUGGUCAACGAUAAUCAACAGGCGGAAAUUUAUUUCUGUGAUUUUGGCAACACGGAGGUGGUCUCCCUGGAGAAGAUCAAACCCAUCUCCCCCGAGUUGCUCUUUACAGUUAAUACCACCAAGUGUUUCAUAGAUGGCUUCAACAAGUCCAAGGACUUUAAGAUCCUCGAGGAAAAGCUUGCUAUCAACAAUACUAUCGCUUGCUCUGUGCUGCAAGGACCAGAACGCAACACUCGUACCCUUAAAAUUCCGAAUUGAAAAAAAAUAUUAUUCAAGGAAUCAUGGAAAGCGUCCUUAUGUUUUGUUUAAAAUGUUAAUUGUACACAUUUGUGUAUUUAUUCUAAAAAUUUAGUGUUUUUGUUUUUUUUUUUUUUACAUUUAUUUGACUUCAAUUUAAGUGAUUUAUAGUCUUUCAAGUGAAAUAGUUACUUAACGAUUUUAACUUAAAUUGGUUGCCGGGAACUAUAGCCUGUGCCUGUAACAUACCGAAGAAAAUUAAAAAAUGUAAAUUUGUUGACUGAA